GCGUCCAUGUAUAAUGAUUAUAAUGAUGCCAGCCAGAUGCAGGGGAGCAGUGCCACUGGACAGGGACGAGCACCAUUCCAGCGCAGCAGCGCAGCCAUCGAUCAGGACUCGGCAGCAGGAGGAGCACUAGAGCAGUAUGGAGACCUCCGCUCGCGCAGCCCCAGCAUCUUUCUGGAGCCACCCACGCCGGAUCCCACGCACGCCCACUUCGGACCGGGUUGGGGUCGACCCAUGUCGCCCAUGGAUCUGCCGCCGGAAAGAUCGUCGGCCAGCGCAUCCGGCAGCAAAUCGCCCACCGGAAAGUCGCGUCUGCGACCCAAGCUCCACCUGCCGCUGGGGCGAUUGGGACGCUCCAGCUCCUCGGACACGAGGGAGAGCAACAGACUGCGCGAGGAUGUGCAUGUGCACGUCGAGAAUCCCGUCUUCAGCAGCGAGAAUCUGCGCCAGAACAACUUCGAUGCAUUCUUCGAGGCCCGCGAACCGGUCAUCAAGCUCCAGCCGAAAACACCGCAUACGGCGCCAGCGGAUGGCAGUGGGAGGGGCUACUCGCCGCCUCUGGAGAACUAUGCGGGUGUCUACGAUUCACCAAGGACGCGGAGUCCGGCGGGCAAGGGCGGCGGCAGCGGUGGCGGCCUAUUUGCGCGUUCGCCUCGCGAGGAUCGGGAAAGGAUGGCCGGCGCCAGGUCACGGAGUGCGGAUCAGUGCGACGGAGCGGUGGGCGGACAGGCCAGUGGAGCGGCGGCCAGGGGUUCCAACUCGGCGGGCGGCGGCGGCAGUGGAGGCGGAGGGGGCGGUGCCAGUUCGGGCGGAACGCCUUCCAAAGGUGACAGGUUCUUCGGUAAAAUCUUCAAGUGGUCGAAGAAGUCGUAGGAGGAGGAUCUUCGGGUGGAGGGGACCACGCGGUGGUUCCCUUAGCCCCCCGGGCGGCAGCAUGGCGUCCUACAACGGCGUGCUCAAGGAUUACAGUCACAGCAGUUUGAACGAGGCUUUCAAAUCCCAGAACAAUGUCAACUUUAAGUUAAUUAAAACAGUAUCCGAUUUCUCCGAAACACUAUCCCGUCUGUACGAGGAACACGCAACUGCCCUCCAAGUUGCGGUUUCCAAUUAUCGCAAGAAGAAUGCCGAAUUACGCAAAGAAAGACCCGCCUGCCACUUGGCCAUCUUUCAGGCAUGGGAAACAUUCCUGCAGGAGGUCGAAACCGAUUCACAGGCCUGCAACGACGUGGCCAGCGUCCUUUCCCGCCAGGUGUCGCGACCAAUGCUGGAUAAAUCCUUUCAUCGCAAAGUUCAAAGCCGUAAAAUAUUUACACACAGGGAGUCUUUUGAGACUAUUAUCGCAAAGACUGAAGAGAAGCUGUCAAAGUGCCGUGUGGACUACAAGCAGUGCCACCUGGCCCACCGACAGAAUCCCAGCCAGCACUCGCUCACCGAAUACAUCGACGCCCAUAAUGCGUACGUGCAGCAGCUGCAUGCCACAAAUGGAAUGCUGGAGGCCUACCACACGGACACCCUGCCCCAGCAGAUGCAGGAGCUGGAGGAGAUCCACAACGACCUGGUCGCCAUUGUGUCCGACUCGCUGAUGCAGGGCGCAGAAGUAAUUGCCGGCAAGGGCAACGACCAAGCCAAGCGGUACAACAGCCUGACCAACCAGUGCGCUGCUGUCUCACCUCAACAGGAUCUGGUGAACUUCGUCCGACUUCUGGCCCAGCCAUCGCAGGCCCAGAAGAUUCCCAGACGGCUCUUUGCAUCGCCGCAGGCGGAGGGCGGCGAAGAGGCGGGCGACCACAACGAGAUGACGCCCUGCCUGCGGAACGAGCUGGUCUUCGACCGGCACUCCACACUGUCACAACGCUCCGCGUUGGAGUCGCUGAAGCGAGAGGCCAUCGAAUUGGAAUUGCAAAUACGUCAGCUGCAGGACUCCAUUGAGGCUCUGAAUCGAACGCAGACCCGUGGAAUCGAGGGUCAGCUGUACAACAAGGUCAACGAGCUGCAGGAGGAUUUGUCCAUGAAGAAGUUCGACCUGCGGGCCAAGCAGAUCCACUUGGCGGCCAUAAGGGCUCAGAAGGAUCUGUUCGUGAGCAAAGUUGAGCCGACGUCGCCGCGAAACGAACGCAAAUUCUCCGCUGCCACAGCGCCAUCGAUGAAAACAAAGUGGCUGAAAGCAUUUAAGAGCCUAAAGCCUGCUGGUUCUGGUUCAGCACAACAAGCAGAUAGGCGCAAUGGAGCCUCCAGCACAGCCUCCGAGCCGCUGCGUCCCAAUCUGGAUGGCAGCCACCACCUGCAGGAGUACACCUACAAGAAGAUAACGGCCUGCGACGUCUGCUCCCAGAUUCUGAGAGGGCACACACGCCAGGGAUUACGCUGCCGCAUCUGCAAGCUGAACGCCCAUGGAGAUUGCGCCCCCAAUCUGCCGCGCUGCCAGCCAAAGCAGAAGCUGCUGCGGCGACAGAAGAGCACCUCGGAGCUGGAGAAUCGCGUUGAUAUCGAGGAAGAAACAGGCGCCGACAAAUCCGUCCAGGGCAAGCAAAUGGAUGGCAGCGUCGCGGGAGGAUCGGCGCUUCCGGUUCCGGUUCUGUCGGAGCGGGAGAUGGGCAGGGCUCCUCCGCCGGAUAUACCCAUUGUCAGUGUCUCCGAGCUGGCCCUGCAGGAGCAGCAGCAGCAGCAGCAACAGCAGCAACAACACCUACAGCUACAACAGCAGCAGCAUCAGCAGCAGCAGCAGCAGCGCAGUCUGGCAUCGGUGGCGCAGGCGGCGGCGGUGCGGGCGGGACGAGGUGUGCGUCCGCCGCCGGUGGCCAUGCCCAUUCUGGGCGUACAGCUGCAGCAACAGGAGCUGCAGCAGCAGCGCGGCGGACUGCCGGUGCCCAGCCAAGAUAUAUCUAGUAGCUCAGCACCGCACUCACCGCGCCGCCAAAAGUUGAACUUACGCAUGAAAUCCCUGAGCCUGGACUCACCAGAAUCGUCGGAGCUGCACGGCCAGUUCAGGCGUAGGGCCCAACUGCCGGGCACGGGAGCCUCCACAUCAGCCGGCUCCGGGUACUACCAUGGUGGCUCCGGAGGCCACCUGGAGCACAGCACUCCGCCGUCGAACAACAGCCGUCUGCACUCACCAUCGAGCCCCUCGCAUCCGGGCCGCAAGCUACUGUACGCCACCCGUGGAAUGCGUGGUGGCAGCGUCGAUCUGCCGGACGAGAUGGAGAAGUCGCAGUCCUCGGCCAGCACCUCGCCGUGCCUCUCACCCAAAACCCAUCGUCUGCUGCCCACGAAUCUGUACGUCAUCAUCUACAACUUCAAGGCGCGACAUGCCGAUGAACUGGAUCUAAAGGCUGGCUACAAGGUGACUGUCAUUGACAAUUCCGAUCCGGACUGGUGGAAGGGAAAAGUUCUGGGACGAGUGGGUUACUUCCCAUCCAAGUACUGUGUGCGUCUCAAUGCCAACGAGAAGCCACUGCAGGUGACCCACAAUCUCCAGGUGUCGGACAGUGAACGUGGCGAGAAUCUCACCCUGCUCAGGGACCAGAUUGUCAUACAGACCGGCGACGAGGUGAACGGCAUGGUGAUGAUCCGAGCCGCCGAGCACGGGCAGGGCUACUGCCCCAUCAAGUAUCUGCAGGAGGUGUGACAGCCAGAAGAGGACGAGCCGCCCUCCGACGAGCGGGACAGACCGCACAAGUCGUCCAUGCAGACGUCAUCGUCGCGAACCGCGGACAAGACCAAGCGUAGGAUUAGAAUCGUAGUGUCCGAAAACCACAAUGUAGCUGCUAGUAGUGUUGCACCAGCACCUGCACCCACAUCCGCCUUCAACAACACCACCCAUCACCAAAUUCCGAGGGAAUCCGACAUCGAGACGAAGCGGCUGAACAUCGACUACGGCGAUGAGGGCAGCGCCGAUUGGGACAAGGACCGCGAGGUGCUCAUCCUGUCGGGGAGACGGAACAAGAACGAUAAGAACUGGGAGAACUGGGAGCGCAUCCGGGAGCAGAAGCUGGAGAAGAUGAAGGGCAUUUGCUUCGAGAGCUAUCGCCAGUCCAAGCGCGACAAGUUACUCCAAGCUAAGCCGCGACCCAAACAACUGGAUUCCACCUGGUACACGGAUAACAUCUACUCGAACCGUUCCGAUGACAUGGACGAGGACUACGUGCCGGAUUGCUUGAAGUACGGACCUUUUCGCACACUGCGGGACAUUCACGAGCUGGACGAGAAGAGCGGGGGCACGGAAGAGCGUCGUGUCGAGGGUGAGGGAUCACCCGGUUAUGGACUGCAUCGUUCCAAGAGCUGCAAAGAGUUCCAGUAUCCCAAGUCACAGAGCUGGUGCUUCGAGGGCAAUGUUUUUGAAGCUGGCGGCGGUGUGGCCAGCGGAAGUGGUAGUUCCAGCGGUGCUCCCCCGCCAACCACCUCCAUCCUAAAGAACCGCGCUGGUGUUCCCAAGUCAUACUCCUUCAGUGCCACCACCAAGACCAUGCCGUUUGACAUCAUCGACUAUGAGCUGCCCCCCGUCUCGAAUACGCGACGGGAGAAGAAGGAGGCCCUGCGGCGGAACAUGAAUGCCCUGUGCAGCAGCAGCCUGGAUCGUUGUUGCGCCCGGGAUCAGUGCACCAGCGCCCGCUGCCUGUUGGAGGACAUCUAUCCGGGUUCGAGGAUGCGGCCAAGGACGACCGGAGCGGGCAGCAAUCGGAAUCUGAGUGCGGCGGACUGGCUCUUCGAGGAGCGGGCUGGAAGGCAGCGAACGCCCGCCGCUCCAACGGUUAUUUGUUGUUGUUCUGCGGCUGAGGAGUGCUGUUGCCACCGGCAGCGCCAGCAGCAGCCGCCCCUUCCCGCUCGCCCAAGGUCACGACCGCUCUGUCCCGGUCAUCAUCCGGCCGCCGAGGAGGAGGAGCACAUGCACUGCCGCUAUGACACCGACCUGGAGCACUUCAUACGCGCCGAGCGCGAGCGCCUUAUGCUGCAGGAUAAGUUCCUGGACGACGACGAGCGGUAUCUGGCCGCUGCUCCGGCACCGCGUAGUCCUGGCAGACGGUAUCCGGCGGGAAACUACCAUCGACCGCCGCGCAGCAAGUCACUGCUGGAGAUGCAGCCGCCAACCACGCUGUACGACGAGGAUACCUGCUCGGACACCACAGAGAUCGAUUUGGAGGACUUUAACAUCGACCUGGAGAAGUACUGGGAGCAGCUGGACAAGCCGCCCAGUCCCAUCAACAUGGACAUGCGGCGCAACAUGCACAGCAGUCUCAAGGUGAAGAACGUGAAUGUCCGGUGCUACAACAAUGGCCAGCCCAUCGAUCUGCAUGACCGUGAGCACGAGCGGCUGAUGAUCAAGAAGUCGCUGCUCGAGGGGAUGCCCUCGCCACCGCAGCUGGACUCCAGCGAGUCCUCGACCAAUGCGGGCGGCUAUCCUUUUUUUGACACUGCACCCGCCAUUGCGCCUGUCCCCGCCUUCCACCACCACCAACCGACCUACGGACAGCCGCCGGGCUAUGGCCACAAGGUGUAUCCCACGGUGGACACGCUGCCCUCGUACCAGUACAACAACUUCUAUCCCGAGCACAGCCAUCCGACCGUGGGCAGUGUGCUGACCCAACAGCCAACGGCUGGCAUCCAUCAUCCAUCCGCCGGCGGUCACUCGGCGCUCAGCCUGAUCAACAACAUAUUUUCCAUCUACAAGCCCAACAAGUACUCGCCGGAGAACUGCCAGAUGAACUACGAAAGCAAGCCGGAACCGUGCAAGAAGAUGAAUGUGCCCAGUACCCACAGGCCGCUGGGAGCAGCCACGCAUCCGUAUCCUACCCACGACUACAUGCACUCAUCGAUGAAGAGACCGCUGCUGGUGAGCGCCGAUCAGCCGCACUUUAAGAUCAUUCCGGAGAAGACUGGCCUGAAGAUCUCGCCACUGUUGAGCUACGAGGAUUACGGCGGAGGUGGCGAGAAAGCUCACCACAGACUGAGUAGCACGGCAAGGCCUCUGAUGCUUCCGCACUGAUGGUGCUGGACCUUUCCGUGGUAUGGCAAUGGCAAUGGCAAUGGCAAUGGCAACUAUUGUUAGUUGGGCUCCACACCCACCCAACUAUCCCCCAAAAAGAAAGACUCGCGAGCAGCGAACAGCAACCCAAACGCACAAAAGAAAAAAACUGGGUCCAGCCGAGGAAGAAGAACGUACGUUAACAGAAAUCCAUCGGAGGAGCAUCGGGUUCAGGAGGUGGCUAGCUAACCAGUAUCCUCUACCCGAUACCCCUCACCUUCCACUCCACCAACUCGCCGUCUUCGUCGUCGUCGUCGUCGUCCAUCCGCACAAUUUGCUUUUGGUUUAGCAGGUCAGGUCAGGUCAGGUCAGGUCAGGUGUUCCAUCGAAGCAUCCUUGACACUCCAGGAACUCCAGCGGAAAACCAGUCGAACAACAACAGCAACUACAGCCAUACCAUUGGAAAUCAAGAGCACUACAGACAAAGACAACAUCAACAGAUCUACCAACAGCCACAUGUCAGAUGGAGGUCAAAGUGCAAGUACUAGUAACGAUUUGAUCAGCGGAUCGAUUAGGAUAAGUCCACACGGUCCUCAAAACCCAGACACUGGACACAGACACAGACAAACACACACACACACACAUGUAUACAAUCAACGUGCUUUUAAUACGCUUAGAAUCGCUAUAGAAAUCGCGUUGCAGUUCGAUUAACCACUAAAAAACAGAUUCACUAAUUUUCGAGCAACUUUUAAGCAAUCAAGAGCGUAUUCAAUAGAACAAAGAACAAAGAGUAGAUCUAAGACGGAAGAGUUAGGUAUUAAGUCGUUCAUAUUGCGCGUUUCAUAUUUCAGUAUGCGCAUAUUGUAUACCCUUACUCUCUGUAGAAAAAGCUAAACGGAUUUUAUUAGUACUGAAUAUUUGGGAUAAUACAUACAAGUACAUACCUAGGACUCGUGUGAGUGUCAGCGAGACUUAUUUUGGCCUCAAUAUAUUGCGAUAAUUUUGAGAUGCAAAUGAAAAACGAAGGCGAACCGAACCGUUUUUAUUGUCAUCAAAUUUUUUCUAUUUUUUAUACCAAAUAACUUUGAAUCAACUAAACGGGCGAAGGAGUUAUUGCUAUUGAAAUUGCUAUAUGCUCGAUAAGGCUAGAAGGCUAGAAGCUUUUCCCAUAAGUUGCGGCUACUAGGAGCGAUUGACGAAGGCAUGCCUAUGCUCUAUGCUAUUUAUAUAUAUGAUUAGGUGCGGUACGGAUAGUAGGUGUGCGUUGAGUGUUGAGAGAACUCGAUGGAAGCGCUUUUUAUAAACUAACUAGAUUUGUAUCGAAAUGUGAAACAUUGAAUAUGAAUAUGAAUAUGAAUAUGAUAAACAUGAAUUGUACUUUUAUGAUGUAUGCGUAUCCACUGGCCUUAUUUAUUGAGAAGUAACCAAACAAUGAGCUGAACCCCAACACACACAAACAAACACACUUAAAACAAGAGUACACGAAUUCCCAGAAAAAGAACUUGAGAAUUACAAUUGAAUUUUCACUAAGAUUCAAGCUUAGGGCUUUGCGUCACUUUUGUUAAUUGUUUUUUGGCGUCCAAUUUUACAUGAUAACUACUGUAGGACUCUAGAGAAACAAAUCGAAACUAUCGAGAGUAGAUUAACUAUCGAGUAUUUUGUAGUGAGUAAGCUAACUAAAACAUAAACCAAACCAAAUGGAGAUAACUUUUUAGCUCAAGACUCCUUGUGCGUAAAGAUUUUGAAUUUGAAUUUAUUUUUAACGACUUUUGAAUACAAGACGAAACAAUGAAGAUGACAUUUUAUCAGAGAUCGUUUUUUACCUAUUUAACAUUUCCUCGAACCACAAACAAACAACUAUUUGCUAAGUGUACCCUAUGGCCUAUGAGUUAGUUAUAAGAAAGUGUUUUCCAAGCCCCGCUUAGACCACAACACUAAAUGAAAAAAACGAAUAGAAAAGUCAGGAGACAGGAGAACAUGGGGAUUUCUGCACAAAACCCAAUCUAAGAAAUAUCCAAACAAUGCACCCAAAUUAAGUGUACGAUAUGCAUAUGUAUCGAGUAUUUACGAUCACGUCUAGGAACUAAGGAAGAAUUGUAUUGUAUUGUAAAAUGAAUGGAAUCGACGAACACGAAAAAAACGCCCAAAUCUUAUGAGUAUGUAAGCAAAGCCGAAAACUUGAAUUCAAACAGGAUAACCGCUCCUGGCGGUCAUCUAAACUGCUGAAAUUGGCACUUAAGUAUUUAGGUAUAUACACACCGCAUAUUGUAUGUACAACUUAGUAGAAUUUCCGACUAAACUAAACUUAACUUGCAAACGUAGCGCGACAUUUGUGCAAGUCAAUGGUCCCCGAGUGCUUUUCGAGGGGCCAACUUCACAAGAAAGCUUCUGGUUGGUUUUUAGCGUAAGUUUUGUUUCACAUAUGUAUGUAUGUAUGUAUGUACGAGUAGGUGGUGACCAGCAUGUCGAUGCACCUGGCGCAUCUGGCGCACCUGCAGGUAGCUAGCGAAUAACAUGCAUGCAUGUAAACAACAGUAACUAGAAAAUGGAACAAUAUAAUAUCAGUGCAACGUAAUAUAUCAGUUAAAAUAACAGAGGCAAACAGAACUCCGCUCAUUUAGCACUACUACCUGCAAUUUGAAUGUGAAAAACAACAACACAAACCCCCCCUACAUCCCAGCCCCGCUUCUCCGACGCGUCCCCAUUAAUUUACCUGAAUUGCAAAUAAAAAGAUGUUCAAUUCGAUGUGAAAAAAAAAA